AUGCCUCCUCCACCACAAAUUUACGCUCAACAGCAGCCAUCAAAUUGGGAUAAGUUUAAGAUGGGGUUGUUAAUGGGAUCUACAGUUGGUGUCUGUACAGGUAUCUUAUUUGGUGGGUUUGCUAUUGUCACCCAAGGUCCAGGUCCUGAUGGUGUUGUCAGAACUCUAGGGAAAUAUAUCGCUGGUUCUGCUGCUACCUUUGGUCUGUUUAUGUCAAUCGGUUCAGUAAUCAGAAGUGAUACUGAAAAUGCUAAUGAAUCCAAUCCAACUCGUAAACCAAUAACCCUAAAACAACAAUUUAGUCUACAUCAAAGAGCAAGAGCUGAAGCUUGGAAACUACGUGCCAAUUAUGGUAUCUACAAGGAUUGA